AUAACUUCCUCUGUUUAAAAAUUUUCUUUCGAAGAAAAAAAUGGGUGGAAACUCACCAUGUGCUUCAUGCAAGCUUCUGAGACGCAGAUGCGCAAAAGAUUGCACCUUUGCUCCUUAUUUCCCUUCUCAUGAACCCCAAAAGUUUGCCAUAGUUCAUAAGGUUUUCGGAGCUAGCAACGUUAGCAAAAUGUUACAGGAGCUUCCGGUUCAUCAAAGAGCAGAUGCAGUGAGCAGUUUAGUCUACGAAGCAAAUGCGCGAGUGAGAGAUCCAGUUUACGGCUGUGUUGGAGCAAUAUCAUAUCUACAAAACCAAGUUUCUGAACUUCAAAUGCAGCUUGCAGUUGCACAAGCAGAGAUACUCUGCAUCCAGAUGCAAAAUGAGCAAGUGAUUAGUCCAAAUCCAGAAAUUAAUCAAGAUCAGAAAACUUACUUCACUCAAGAUGAACUCACUCAGUUUCUUAAUUAUGGUUCUUCUUCUAGUAAUAAUAAUAAUGUUUAUGAUUCUCUUAAGAGAGAUAACAUUUAUGGACAUGAUAUGGUUUCUUGAAUUUAAUUUGGUCACGUGGUUUGGGUUUUUUUAAUUUGAGUAGUGUUAUCUUUUGUUUUUUUUAAUGUU